UCCUAUGGGAGACAUGCUGAGGGCUGCCGGAGCCGCUCUGUCCCUGAUAGACAGAAUAUGACAUACUGGCUCAGCCUAGAGGACACUUCUUAAAAUACCAUGGGAUUAAAAUACAAAAUGAAUACCUGCGGCCAGGAAACUUUUUGACUACAGCAGCAAGUUACGGUGGGUCAGCAACGGCGGUCUACGGUUCCCACAUUCCUCAGACAGGAUGUUUCUGUGGGCAGGAAGUAAAGCAACAGAUGGAGGAGGUGACCGCAGAUCCAUCUACCAGAAGAUUCGUGAGUAUGAGGUCCUGGACAAGAGGAAGACGGUAACAGCUCUGAGGGCAGGAGAGGACAGAGCCAUACUGCUGGGCCUCAGCAUGGUCUUCAUGUCUGUCAUGAUGUACUUUGUCCUGGGAAUCACCAUACUGCGCUCUUACUCAGACAGUGUGUGGACGGACGAGGCUAACUGCACUAUUGUGAACUCCACCAUCGUGUGGGAUGUAAACUGUUCAUACAGCUGUGGAACAGAGUGCUGGAAGCGUUCUCGUUUCCCUUGUCUCCAGGUCUUUGUCAGCCUCAACUCCUCAGGAAAGGUGGUACGACUGCUGCACAACGAAGACACGCAGGACAGCAACCACGAGUGCUUCUACAUCCCAAAGUGCCGUAAGGACUAUGCAGCCACACAUGCUAUAGUCCAGAACAUAUCUGAGCGUCUCAGAUCUCAACACACGGUUCAGUGUUUUGUGGAUCCAACAGACCGCGUGGACAGUGCCAUCUUGACACAGAUCUAUGGCCGAGUUGCUGUCUUCCACUCGCUUUUCUGGCCAACCUGCACCUUGAUUGGAGGAACCAUUAUCAUUGCCAUGGUGAAGCUGACCCAGUACCUAUCCAUCAUGUGUGAGCGAAUGAGCCGCAUCAAGAGGUGAAGUGUCGGUGACCCAAAAGGAUGUUCCCAUGAUAUGGACAAGGGGACAACUGAAACAGUUUCAUGGGGCCAAGACUGAAAGACAAAGUGGAUGGAAGGCUGAGAUGUGGUUAGACUCAAAGCCAUGUCUCAGUGACAGUCUGAAAGCAGCUACUGUUGAAAGAGAAACAUACAUGUCAGAAGGAUAUCACACUGAGAGACACAGAGGAAAUCCAGAUAGGAAGAUGACCUGAUGCAGGUUUGCAGCUUGAAGCCAGUGAGGCAUGCUGGUAGCUGAAGCUCAGUAACAACCUUUGAAACCUUAAUUUCCAUAAUAUUUGUAGGCCAGUCAGUAAUUUUGUAAGCAUUUAUACAAGUGUGAUAUACAGUAAUUGUGUACUAUUCUGACACAGGGAGGUAUUCUAUAGCUUUACAAACUGGUUGUAAAGACAUAAUAUCUUUAACUCUAGCUUGGUCCCCAAAAGUGCAUUUUGGGCAAUCUGGGUACCCAUGUAGCAGAGGUUGCUAAUGUUUACUGCAGCUGUGUCUUACAAACAGAGAAUUUACUGAUUUGACGCUUUGGGUCCUAUAUGUGAAUACAUUUUAAUAGGCACUGCUCUAUUAUUAGGAAGUCUCUAUACUGACACUGUGAACUGAAUGUGAAGAUUAUGUAAAACUGAGUUUCUGAGAUUAUAGAAGGAAUUCAAAUCUCCAGCUGUGAAAUUUCACACAAGUGCAACAAAGUUAUUGUGAUUUCUUUUUACAAAUAACUUUAUCAUCUUAUUAGCUAGCUGGUUAUUAUUAAUCCACUUAUGCCUUACUCCACUCUCAGCUCACUUGCCACAUACAGUUAUUCUCCUUAAUGUCAAGCUGAAGCUAAACAGAGUUUAUUUACAGCUUCACACAUUAACACCACUGCUGCCUGAGAUUGAUUUUACAUUUUCUUACCAAACAUGUUUUGCUACAUGAAUGAUUUUACUUUCAAAUAAACACAAAGUGCUGCUUACCUCUUGAUAAUGAUGUUUGAACCUUUAAUAUUGAUUAUUCAUCAUUGAUUAUGUCACAAUUCAGAAUUUGGAUAAUGUGAAGUGGUUUGUGAUGAUUGACAUGUUGACGAGCCCUGAUUAGCUGGAUGAUGACCUGCACCAUCACAGAUAAACCAACAGGGAAGUAACAGAGAGGUAUAUACAAUGAGAUAAUUUUUGCAGGCUGAGAUACUUUGGAUUUCAUUGAAAGCCAGUACGUUCACAGUUAAAGAAAAGUGGUAUGCUGGGAAACAGGCUUACUAUUUACUGUGGCAGGAAUUAUACUGCUUAUAUACUACUGUGUAUGUUAUACUACUAUGUAUACUAUCUUUUGAGGUUUUAUAAGGUUACAGUGUUAUUUGGAUAGUGAUACAAUGUGUUUUUCA